GAACUUUCUGCAAGUGAGUCAACACCACACACAGGGAGGACGCCACCCAGCCCCGCUGCUGGAUCUACUGCUGGGCUUCUCCUCCGAAGACACAAAGACAACUUCAUUUUGACUUCUUCUCGACAACUGGAUCUAGUUUUUGCGCACCGGGGAUGUUUAUCAUCGUUUUUACGCGGCUCUUUCCUCAUUGGAAUUAACGCAGCGGAAAAUGAAAGUGACGGUGUGUUUCGGGAGGACCCGGGUGGUCGUUCCGUGUGGAGAUGGGAAUUUAAAAGUCGAAAGCCUUAUCGAACAAGCGGCUAUGAGGUAUAAGAAGGCGAUCGCAAAGGACCCCAGCUACUGGAUCCAGGUACACCGGUUGGAACAUGGAGAUGGAGGCAUUCUGGACCUGGAUGACAUGCUGUGCGAUGUGGUGGAUGACAAAGAUAGGCUGGUAGCAGUAUAUGACGAGCAGGAUCCUCACAAUGGAGGUGAUGGUACGAGUGCCAGCUCCACCGGUACGCAGAGUCCCGAACCCUUCGUCAGUGACAUGAGUUCGGCAUCGGGCUUUCAGCCCUACCAGACCAACAGUGAGAUCGAGGUCACCCCGUCCGCUCUGCGAUCCAGCAUGCCUCUCCAUGUCCGUCGCAGCAGUGAUCCCUCUCUGGCUGACCUAGUUCCAGGCGAAGUCCCGGUUGGUCCAGAGGAACCGUCCAGAAAGAACCCAGCACGAUGGUCCACCUCGGUUGGUUUACAAAAGCACAAGCACAAACCAAGCGCAAUCGCCGGCACAGGCAGCCUGGAGCGAAAGGGUAGAGGAGGCCACGCUUAUCGGAGUCUUCCUCGUGAUGCUAAUGGCUGGACCACUCAGUUCCAAAGAGAAAUGACUCGAUCCUCCCUGAGCGCCAACCAUCCGAUUGUGGACCGAUGGCUUGACAGGCAGGAACAGGAGGAGGAGGAAGAAGAGCGAAGGAGACAAGAAAGGAGGAUUGAACGGAUAGAGCCAGUAGGGAGGGCCGAUUCCUCACUGGAACAUUCACCUGGGUUUAGUCUAGAAGGCCUGCUGAAGCCAGUCGAAGUGUCCAACGGAGGAGGGCCCCUGGGGAUCCACAUAGUGCCUCUCAGUUCGCACGAUAUCAGGACGCAGGGCUUGCUGGUAAAGCGUCUGGAGCCAGGGGGAAAAGCCGAGCAGGAGCGACUCUUCCAGGAGAACGACUGUAUCGUCAAAAUUAAUCAGGGAGACAUUCGCCACCUGCGCUUUGAGCAAGCCCAGAACAUUUUCAAGCAGGCGAUGCGUGGCCAGGUUAUCCUCUUCCAUGUCGUCCCCGCAGCCUUCAGAAGACAUUACGAGAUGCUGUCCAUCCAGAGCGAGCUCAGCCCGCCCCAUUCCAAUAGAGUCCGCUUUAGCCAGGACACUCAGCAGCUGAGGGACAGGUCCAGUCUGGUGGGGGGGAUGACACCCAGAACUGGACCACAACCAGACUUCAGCCAUGACCACCCGGCGCCACUGGCAGGAAGCACCCCAGAGUUGAGCCGAAGGUACGCCACGUUGCCGCACACCAUGGUCUCUAGAACCUCUUCUGCCCCCUCCCCCUCCCUGCAGCGCAGGGUGAGCACAAACCCGUCCAACAGCACCUACGUAAAGAACAAAGGACGCAGAUUCAACAUCCAGCUAAAGAAAGGUCCUGAGGGCCUCGGCUUCAGCAUCACAUCCAGGGACGUCCCCAUUGGUGGCAGUGCUCCCAUCUAUGUCAAAAACAUCCUUCCUCGAGGGGCCGCCAUUCAAGAUGGCCGAUUGAAAGCCGGAGACCGCCUGCUGGAGGUAAGUGGCGUGGACCUGAAUGGAAAGAGCCAGGAAGAAGCGGUGGCCCUGCUCCGAGCCACGCCCAUGGGUGGGACGGUGAACUUGUUGGUGAUUCGCCCAGAGGACUCCCUGCUGCCCCGAGAAGUGCAGGCAGAGGAAGAUGACAUCGUGUUAACCCCUGACGGUACACAGGAGUUCAUGACCUUUGAGAUCCCUCUGAGUGACUCAGGCUCAGCAGGCCUGGGGGUCAGCGUCAAGGGGAACCGGUCCAAGGAGAACCACGCUGACUUGGGCAUCUUUGUGAAAUCCAUAAUUAAUGGAGGUGCUGCUAGCAAGGAUGGCCGUCUACGAGUCAAUGACCAGCUCAUUGCAGUCAAUGGGGAGUCGCUGCAUGGUAUGACCAACCAGGAUGCCAUGGAAACCCUGCGCACAUCCAUGUCUGUUGAGGGCAACAAACGGGGGAUGAUUCAGCUCAUCGUGGCCCGCCAUGUGUCCAAAAACAAUGAGGAAGCCCCUGGAAGCCCCCCAGUUUUAAUGAAUCCUGUGAACCCGCUACUGGACAACCACGAGCGCCGGAUUUCCAACUCCCUGUAUGAAAGCAUUGACAGCUUGGAAAACCACACCAAACUGCUGGCUAAUACAAUCGGACGCACUGGUAACUACACGAUGUCUCCGACUGUGAACAUGCCGCAGGACGACAUAGUGAUGAUCGAAGACGAUAGGCCGCCCCUGCUUCCUGCCAACCUUUCCGACCAAUCAUCCUCCAGUUCCCACGAUGACAUGGGCUUUGUGGGAGAGAACCCGGUGACCUGGCUUCACGAGCUGCCCGGUCAGGAUGAAUGUUCGCUCAGUCCAGACGCAAACCCUGACGCAAACCCUGACGCAUCUUUCCAGAGGGAGGGCUUCGGACGCCAGAGUAUGUCUGAGAAACGCACCAAACAGUUUGAGAAUGCUUCCGAGUUGGAGAUCGUCAAGACGCGCAAGUCCAAGAGCAUGGAUCUAGUAGCAGAUGAGAUUAACGGCAGCACAAGAACAAACGGAGGUUCUAAAGAACAAGAGGUCGGACCCUCGCUGGGCCUGAAAAAGUCAAGUUCCCUCGAAAGCCUCCAGAUGGCUGUUGCUGAGGUGACGCAGAAUGGUGAGAUCAACGUCAACAGGCCGCGAUCACGGAUCAUCAGGGGCCGCGGCUGCAACGAGAGCUUCAGAGCUGCGAUUGACAAAUCAUAUGAGAAACCUGGAGCCACAACGACAGAGGAGGAAAACAGCAUGGAGACAUUGGACGAGGACACGGAGGGAAGUUCCAGAUCAGGUCGUGAGUCGAUGUCCACCAGCAGCGACCUCAUUGUGGGACCAGGGCUGAACGGCAACCUUUCCAAAGGUGACAGACAGAGAGAGGAGGUUGGAGUGAAAGAAAAGAAGAAACCUGAACGGGAUAAAGAGAGGGAGAAAGACAAGGACAAGAACAAAGCCAAGAAAGGCGUGCUGAAGGGCCUGGGCGAGAUGUUCCGGUUUGGAAAACAGCGGAAGGAUGAGCAUCCAGGAGACAGGAUGGAGAGGAAGGGCUCCAGUAAAUCUAAAGCUGAGGACAUGCAGGCGUCAGAGGACGAGACCCAGCGGAUGAGGCUGGAACAAGAGAGAAUUCAGGCCAAAAAGCUGGUUCGGGACAGGCAGGAGAAGGAGAGGGAAUAUGCUGAGAUCCAAGAUGUGGUCGGCGGUACCUUCAGCUCAGAUGAGGAGCACACCUACGCUGGCAUCGGAUCUUUAGACUCGUCGAUGGAUAGCAGCAGCAUGGAUCCUUACAACCACCACUACCAUCUCCCGCAGAGUCCCCAGAGUCCUCCCCUUCCUAUCACCCAUCAGGACAAUGGCCAACCCGUAGAGGCUCUGUACGCCCAGGUCAACAAGCCGCGCAAUGGACGACCUGCAGCUCCAGACAGCAGUCAGAUGGCUCCCAGUAACCACGACCGGAUACUGAGGCUGAGGCACGAGUUCCAGCAUUCCAGGCACGAGGACGAUGUCGACGACCACAGGCACACCUACAGCUUCAACCAGUCCUGGUCGAGCAAUGGGACGGAACCACUGAGCGGACGACAUUCAGUAACAGUUGACUCGCAGCAGCAGCAAGAAGAUGAUUUCCAACAAGCACAGAGACAGUUCACCUCCCUGCCACGGCAACCUCACAUGACCCCCAGCACGGUGUCCCAGGACUCAUGGGAUAAGGUGUACACGCCAGCAGAGGGAUUCCAGCCAUCGAAAGAGAACCCUCGCUACCCCUCCAACCAGGGAUCACAUAACGGAUACCUGGGAACGUCCAACUUCAAUGCUCGUGUCCUCUUAGAGACUCAGGAGCUGCUGAGGCAAGAGCAGAGGCGCAGAGAGCAAGAGGCCAACAAGUCCAGGCCUCCUUCCAUGCAGGAAACCCCCAGCAGCAUCGCCUACGACCACAACAGAGAACACACUCAUGCCCUAGGCCCUGCCCCGGUGCAGGCCGCACUUCAGUCCAAGGGCCCGUACAGACAAGACGUACCCCCGUCGCCUUCUCAGCUCGCCAGGCUCAGCAGGCUCCAGGGAUCGGAGAAGGGCAGGCUGUUUUACUCUUGAGACAGUGACAAGGUGGGACUUUUGGGAGAUUAGGACUGACUCCAAAGAGCAUUAACAGGGAAAUAUACCAGUGGGCUGAGAGUCUUCUUUUUAUAUGAAAAUGCUGAGAAACAAAGAUUUGUAUGGGACUGUUGAUACAAAAUGUUAAUAUUUAAAAAGGAAAAAAAGUGUUUUUAAAGAUAUGAACCCUUAUCCUUUUAAUCUGUCAUAAAGAAAUGAAUUGCUAUGUUUUACUGUCAUCUAACUACGUGUAUACUGUAAGUGCCUUCUAGUCAAUCGAUUGUUCCCCUUUUGCAGGCAUCAGCCCCAUUUUUAUGGCUCAUGAUCUGCAGAUUUGACCCAUCCAUCUGAAAGACUCAGUAGAGCAGACACCGCGGCAGAAGGCAAUUGGUUUGGGCCAUCGUGACAGCAGUGUGUCCCAAACAUAAUAACCCCGAGCACGAGACGCGGCCCAGACAAGUUUUGUGCUGGCGGGGAUCUUAGUCGAUACAUCACUUGUGUGAAUGAGGCUUGUGUUUUUUGCAGGUCACUUUGACAAGCACCGCACAUUCAUGUGAGGGCAUAGCUUCUGUGUAUAAAGUGUGUGUGAGUGCUGGCUGGAGUCUGCAUGUGGUGACAAAGUGUGGAUGUUAAGCAGCUUGUAUGAAAUGUGGAGUCAGAGCUUUUGUUUUUGGGCAUGACCCGCAGUUCAGGGAAAUAUCCCCUUUAGGUUUCAGAUACGACACUUUCAACCCCCUCUCGUAUUCAAUAUGAUAAUCCAGGAUUCUCCUCCUACGCUGGCGGCUUUAUCUCCGUUUCAUGUCCCUCACAUUGUCCCCCUCAGCAAACGCUGUCUCAGUGGAGGAAAACAGCCUUAAACCCUUUAUUCCUACCCUGUCCUGCCCACCCAGGGAAACCAGUAGUGUGAAUGGGGUCGUGUAUGGGUUAUUAAUUAAUGUACCUCAUUAAAAAUGAAUGGGCCCCUUUGUGUGUGUUUAUGUUGUCAUGUAUGACGAGAUAAAGAAACAGGGACCUCGCCAUCCUCGCCUAGAAUGAAUCGGCUGUAACUGAAACCCGCCGGCCUCUAGGUGUCUGAGUUGUUCCUCGCUGAAUAUUUCAUCAGCGUGGUUACACAGGAAACCACAGCGGCGCUGCGGUAGGUGGCCUCAGUGCGAGACCGCAGAGCCAUCUGCCCGAUACAAAGCAGCUGAUUUUGUUUUCUUUCCAUGAUUAUGUCCAUUGGUACAAAACCAUUUUGGGGCCUUUCUGUCGUUCAAUCAAUAAUUAGUGGUGCAUUUUCAGUGUGUGUGUGUGUGUGUGUGUGUGUGUGUUUUCAUCAGAACAAGCUUUGGUUGCAGAUUGAGGAUGUUUCUUAAAAGGCAAAGCUUAGAAUACAUUUUGAGUUGCAGUUAGGUUUAGUUAAGGUUAAGAUAAGAUGUCAAAUUGAUUAUUGAUUAACCCUGACUACUUUUUAAACAGAUGUUUUGGGUCCUUCCUGCAGUAUACUUACAUGCACUAAGGAAACCACAUAAUCCAGCUAACUGGAAAAUGUGGUUUCCUUAGAAACCUGUUUUCUGUAGUAACCUGGUAACUGUAAAUCUGUGUACAGUAUACAUGCAGCAAGUCAGUAAUCAGAUUUAUACCCUACCCCUGACAUCAUUCCUAAAAUAUUUUGUACUUUUUUAAGUGUUCUAUUAAUACAACAUGAUUAUUUUGGAUGAAUGGGAUUCUGUUUUACAAAUCCAUCAAUGUUCAGCCAAAGAAACCGACUUCAAGAGACUACUUUGUGUCAGUUUUGGUCGGGAUACAAUUAUUUCGACUAGGAAUGCAUUUCCACAUGUAAUGCUCUUUCCCGCUGCACAGCUGUCCCAGCGAUUCUCCAUGUCGGAAGUCUUUGUCAUGCAAAUACACACAUGUAAAACCUGGUUUCACACACACACCUAGCCAAGAAACUGCCUUUUCCAGGAGAAAUCUGGCUUUGUAAAUCAGGUUUCUGUAAUCCCUCUUCCCGGAUUACAGAAACCGGGUUUUUGGUUUACACUAUGUUCAUAACAUCACCGGAAAAUACAACUGUUACCGGGCUUCUGACAGUAAUUGCAUGUUAACAGACUGUUUUUUGGAAAUAGUACAGGAAGCUACGAACUACGCAAGGCCAUAUUUGAAAAGCAGUUGUUCAUACAGAAAUAAAUGCCCAUUAAUGAAUUUGUAAAUCUAAAGAUAGAGCUCGUGGUUUCUAUGAGUCAUGCCAUGGAUAGUGUAGGUAAGCAUCUAAAGUUAUUGCCCUGAAAGUGUGUUUGGGUCGAGCGUUCUUACUUAUGAAAGCGUAUGUAGAAAACAGUACUAUCAUGUCCUUCUCCCAGUGUUCUAGUAUGUGUGGGUGGACAUGUGUUUAAGUGUCUGUUAACGCUGCCAGUAACUGGAUGCUCCAAUAUGUUUCUGAAUAUGUCUUGGCAGCCAUAUGAACCACUUGGCUGCUGAGUGGGAGAAGAGCAGCGGAGUAGGAGGGAGAGAAGAUGGGAGGACCCGACCCUUGCAGAUGAUUCAGUCAAUGGAGUAAUCAGAAAUAUUCCUCAGAGUCUGCGGUACAAACAGGAGGUUACCCACCAGGCCGCGCUCACUUUAGCUGUCUCUUCUUCUCUUCGUUUAUCUCUCGGUCUGUCAGUGUCAGAUGUUCGUGGAUAAGACUGGUGUGUGUGUGUGUGUGGGGGGGGGGGGGUCCAACACUGAUAUAGAAGCUGUAUUAACUGAUGUUUUACAUAUCUCCAUCGUGAACUGGGGAGGGGUUCAAGUGCCUGUGAUAUCUAAUGAGUUUUUUUCCCUCUCUUCAUAUGCAAAUUUGAUAAUAUCCCAUAAUGCACGUUUAUUAUUUCUGUUGUGUAAUUAAUGUUUGCCGCCUCUGUGACAUAUGGAUUCUUCCCAUAAAGCUAUUGUUUCGGGGGAUGGUUUUUUAUCAACGUGGGAGGAAUUAGAAACAUAUUGUUAUUGUUUCAUUGUGUUUUUUUAUGACCAUCCUUCAUUGUCUUUUAUUAUCCACAAUAUGGUACUAUGGUGGUCCAAAAUGAUUUAAAUGUAAGCACAGUGCAAUUUUCCUUUUUACAACGGUGUAUCAUUAAGAAGUGUUUCUGCCAUUCUCUGUACAUACAAUAUAAAAUUCUUUUUCAGUGAAUAAA